CGUGUAUUCGUAACGAAUACUAGUAGUCAGGUUCUCGAACGUUCGUUUGUUGGAUUGCGAAGCUCGAGGCUGUCGUCAUCAGGGAUACAGUACUGUAGAACCACAAUAUACAAACGUCAAGUUGCACUUGAAGUUCUUUUCAUUUUCGAUUUGUCCCUUUGCAUCCCAACAUGACGUUUCCCGCUCUGAAAGUGACCUACUUUGACAUGGCCGGUCGGGCCGAGACCGUCCGUUUGGCAUUGACCAUCGGCGGCGUGCCGUUCGAAGACCAGCGAUUGCAACGCGAACAAUGGGCUGCGUUGAAGCCCUCUUUACCGUUUAGGCAGCUGCCAGCGCUCACCGUAGAUGGCCACGUGCUGUGUCAGUCGCAUGCCAUUGCCCGGUACGCUGGUUCGUUGGCUGGCUUGUACCCCACCGAAAACCGGUUGGAUGCGUGCCGCGUGGACGAAAUCACCGACUUUUGCGAGGACUUUAUGCAAAAGGCGACCCCCAGCUUCCGCGAAGCCGACCCCGCCAAGAAGAAGGCGAUGCGUGUUGAGCUGGCGUCGACCACGUUCCCUGAGAUGUUUGCCUUGCUCGAAGCCCGCGUGGCGUCGUCGGGGUCGAAGGGUCCGUGGUUUCUCGACGCGAUCUCGAUUGCCGACUUGGACGUGUAUUGUAUGGUGUCGAUGAUGAAGUCUGGGUUCAUGGACGACAUCCCUACCACCAUUUGCGACCACUACACCAAGAUCAUGACCAUUCACAACGCAGUGGCCGCCCACCCCAAGGUUGCCGCGUGGAACGAAGCCCACAAGAAGUAAAACAUAGUGGACUACUUGCAUCAAUAGUAUGUAUGAACGUACUGUAUUGUUCUUUCAAUUUUGGACA